AUACUGAGAUAGCCUACUUAUUGAUACUAAAAAUUAAUAUCUGUUUUCAUUGCCAUUUAACACGAUAACACAAUCAUUUGUCUGAAAGUGUUACGUUUCUCUAUAAAUACCAAAAAUGUAAGCUGUGGAAAGUUGAUUUGCACCAUGACAUGGCAGCUGACCUUCUUACUUCUAUUUGAUCAACAAUGAAAACAUGGUGUCAGCAGAAGCACAACAAACAAGCAAACAGUUAUGGUUAAAUUAUCCUGUAUUUUACCCCUCAACAUGAACUUUUCCAAACAGGUGUCGUUUUUGCAUUAUCUUUAAUUCUUUGUGUCGUGUUGAAAACAAUGUCCGAUGAAAACAACUCGAAUUAGUAUGAACACGUGGUCUAAUAUAAGCCCUACAUGGCUGCUAUUGAAAGCAAAGUUUUCGGAAUGUAUUGAUGGUCCGUUAUCCUGAGUGAGCGUCAGUCCACAUCGACCUAGAACGCGCUGUGUCUGAGUGAAUCCAGGUCCAGUAUUAUGUAAAUCAGCGCGGGGGUGGUGUGUGGCUGCAGCGGCUCUGAGCUCGGGACCAGUUCGCUCUUUCCGUCCGUCUGUCUGUGAUUCAUCCCCGAAACAAACCCCCUCUCUCUGUGUGUCUUAACACGAGCAGCGCACCCUCCGAAUACAUGUUUUGACCGUGUGAAUUAGUAAUUGCAAUGCAGAGAAUAGACUUAAUCUGCGCGUCCACCGCAGAGUGUUAAUCUACGGGCAUGAGCAGCGCGUGUUCAAACGCCUCCCCCACUCAGUUAGUUAAGCCAGUGUUAUUUUAAAGCGUCACGCAUUUCAGAGAAAAAAAACAGCCCUGGUCCUUAAUGUCAUGUUACAAACAUACUGUGUGUGUUCUCUCAUUCACGCAGUGCACAGAGACGCUGCUGCCAUCACUGCGUUACAAUGUAGAGGCAGUGCGUUCUGUGCUGUGCCUGGUUUGAGGUUUACAGAGACCGAGUUGAAAGUAGGUCGGGCUGGGCUUAAGCGGCUUAGCUACGUCAGGCUAAGCUGGGAGGAAUUCAUCCAAAGCUCUCUGCGGUAGGCGGGGGCCUAAACGAGGCUGGCCUAGUUAAGCCUGAUUCUUAUUGUGUGCAGCACAGCCUGUUUUUGUAGUGUGGCGUAGCUGAGAGUGCAGCCAGGAGUAGUGUAUGAUUCUAUUGCACAUAUUAGACACUUAUGUUUGAUAUAGAGAAGAAGAAGAGAUGGCAAAUGAGACAUUUUUGGGACUAAGACCAGUGGUAGUUUUAUCACUGUGGAGCAAGAGGAGCCAGUUGUAGGAACAACAAAAGACAGGUGAGAAGAAGCGUGAGGAGCCUUCACACUGUGGUCUGUGAGGGCUGACCACAAUAAACCAGACUUGGUCAGUGGGAAUCCGCAAUGCUACGAGAUGGCGUCCAGCUCUGUGUUUAUGUCCAGUAUGGUGGGUAAGGCACGCUCCUCCAACUUCACCCUCUCUGAAAAGCUGGACCUGUUGAAGCUGGUGCGACCCCACAUCCGCAUCUUGGAGGAGCACACCAACAAGCAUGCGGUCAUCGUGGACAAGAACAAGUGCUGGGAUAUCGUGGCUGUGCAGUACAAUGCCCUGGGAGGUGACAGACCUCACCGGACCGCUCAGGGCCUCAGGACCCUCUACAAGAGGCUGAAGGAGUCAGCCAAGCAGGAAGUGAUGCAGCGCAGACACGCACAGCCAGAGUACAGAGCAAGCAUCUCUGAGCCAACCAGGAGAAUUAUGGAGAUGAUCCCUCACCUGUUUCACCAUGUGCCAAUCCAUGAAAAGGACCAGGCACUGCGCAGAUUAAUAUACAGCAAGCACAAUUCUCCGACUGAGCAUCCUGGCAGCAGCUCCUCUCUGGCUGGACUCCAGGAUUACUCAGCAGCUAUCCCAAAUGCCCCCCAUGAAAUAGUGCAGCUGGACCCUGAAGACGAUGUAAAACCACCACCAGACCUCCCCAUUCUUUCUAUAAACACAGGCCCAGAGCUGGAUGGAGGCCAGGAGAGGGAGGGUGAGCAGGACUUGGGCAGUGUCCAUGAAUAUGAAGCAUCCCUGUCUCCCUCUCCUUCCUCUGUUAAUGUCCCCCUCUCUACCUCGCCACUGCCCUUACACCACGACCUCUUCCAAAGCGACAUUUACCCCCACCAGGAGUACAACAGGUUUCGCCCUCUGCAUCUGGCCAAAGAGGAGCAUGAGUUAGUGUUGGCCAAUCACAGGAAGGUUGCCAUGUACCUGGAGGAGAAAAGAGAGGGGCUGAAGAGGAAACAGGAUCUGGAGGAGGAACUCCUGAAAGCCAAGAUUAAAGUGGAGAAACUAAAGGCUGCCCGACUGAGACACGGACUGCCAGUUCCUCUAUAACAAGCGUUGCCAUGCAUGUUUGUAGGCAGUGUCAGACAGACAGACAGACAGACAGACAGGCAGACAAAGCUCCUGAGGAGUCCCUGAUUAGAAAUCAAACUCUGUGUCUGAAAGCUGUUUCACAGCUUUGUUUUGCAAACACGGUGCCUCAUACAAACACUGAAACUCUGUUUGAUAUAGAAGGACAAGGCUGACUUGUGUUGCUGGGUCAGAUGUGAUUUAUUAUUCCUGUACUUUUUUGGCAGCAGAUUUGUAGAUGCUCUUAUUACUAUCACUGUGAUGGGUCAAAACAGGAAUAAUAACUGUUCCAGUCCAGAUUUUUAGAAGGGAAUAUUUGUAGUUGGUCCUGUUUUUCUAUACCUUACUGGUACAUUUAUUGCCUGGAUCCUCCACGAAUAUGUGUUUGUGAGAAUGUUAGAAUAGCAUUAAUGAUCUUUACUAGAUGGUUUAUGGCUCAAACAUGAACUCUAAUAAUGAUAUACUGGAGGGACAGGAGUGUGAAAGACUGCAGAGAAGAUGUGACAGAUUAUGGCAGAUUGUUUCAUGAUUUAUUGAACUGAAAUCUGUUGAACUCAGAUUUAGCCAGAUGUGAUCAACUUAAAUUGGCAUUUUAUAGUUUUGCUGGUUGUAAAAAAAAAAAAGUAGAAAAGAAAAGAAACACUCCACUAGAGAGAUUUUCAGUGGGCUACAGGAUUGGAGCACAAAUUUAAACUUUAUUAGGCCUUAAAGUAUCAUGUGAAUGAUCAGA